UCAAAUAUCGGGAAAUCCCCGACUUUAGCACGCUGACUCGCGCUCCCUGCCUGCAACGACGAGCUCGAAGGUCUACUCAUUUAUCCCUCCGAUAACGAUUUUUGCCCACUAUGGCGUCCGAGGAACCCUUGUUCGACCCCUCUCUGAAAAAGCGUAAGAAAAAGCAGGUCGCAUUCUCUGAGGACCCGCUCGGUGCGGAUGCCGACCCCACGACGCCUGCCCCGGCGAUCAUCGACAGCACUACAGCCAACGGAGAUGCCGUGGAUAUGGGCCCGACGACUAUGCAUGAGCAGAUGAUGCAGAAUGGAUUCACCGGCGAGGGUGCGGAGGACGCUGUCGAGGAGAAGAAGGAGGACGACGAAUUCAAGGCAAUGUUUGGGGAUCUUAAGAAGAAGAAAAAGAAGAAGGACAUUCCUAUGGACCUGCCGGAGGAUAACUCUGGCACAGCGACGCCCACAACAGUGCCGGCCGCUUCUGAGGAUUUGGACUUCUCCGAUCUCAAGAAGAAGAAGAAAUCUACGAAGAAGAAAGCGGCACUCGACAUGGAGGCGUUCGAGAAGGAGUUGCAGGUGGCGAAAACUAAGGAUGCAGAUGAGGAGGAAGGCGGCGAAGAAGGCAUCCCGCUGGAAGGAGACGAGACCGAGCUUGGUGACGAUCCGUUUACGCGUGGAGAGACCACCAUCAACAUAGAUGCUGGCAGCGAGCCAUGGCUGGGCAGUGAUCGAGACUACACUUAUGAAGAGCUGCUGCACCGAUUCUACGUCCAGUUGCACGCGUCAAACCCCGCGCUUCUCAACUCGACCGGAAAGCGCUACACCAUUGCUCCCCCGCAGCUUUUGCGUGAAGGGAACAAGAAGACAGUCUUCGCCAAUGUGUCCGAUAUCUGCAAACGGAUGCACAGACAGCCUGAGCAUGUUAUCCAAUACAUGUUUGCUGAGAUGGGUACCACUGGUUCCGUAGACGGCUCAGGUCGCCUUGUGAUCAGGGGCAGAUUCCAGCAGAAGCAGAUAGAGCAUGUCUUACGUCGUUAUAUCGUCGAAUACGUUACUUGCAAGACAUGCAAGUCACCAGACACGCUUCUCACGAAGGAGAAUCGUAUUUUCUUCAUGUCUUGCGAGUCAUGCGGCUCAAGGCGGUCCGUCGCACCGAUCAAGACAGGUUUCCAGGCGCAGGUCGGAAGGAGAAGCAAAAACAAGACGGGCUAAGCACACCGAGAAUCACGAUGGUACUGUGUAUAUCAUGUGUUCAUGUAUACUUGUGCUAUACGCAUACAUUGUAUCGCAUGCAUUCCACUGCUAUUCAUCACUGUAUACUAUCUGAGACAAGAUUGCAUUAACACUUCGAGAC